CUUAUCUCCAAUGAUUGGAUAAUUACACCCAAGAAUGUUUCUCGCAUUCAGAAAUAAGAUGACUAAAUCUAUGAAAAGUUUUGGAAUUUCUGUAACGCUGGAAUUAACAUUUAUUAUAUUUUUAUUUAUUUUAUCAUACACUGAAUCGACAAUUUCUGAAAAUCGCUGUGAUACGACAACAACUCAAAUAUUUAAAACAAGUUGUGUCAAUUGUUGGCAGAAUAGGAAGGUCGGUUGUCCAGGAAGUUCAAAAAAGUUAUCAAGAGGGACAGGGGCAAGAGGAUGUAAAUAUGAAGUACAAGUCGGAGAAAAAACAAUGCCAGCAAGGGGAUGCACUCAUACAUGCCAACAAACAGUGACAGUGGGCAAAUGCUGUGCUGGUUAUUGGGGUCAAGAUUGCCAAGGUUGCCCCAAAGAUAACAACGGAGUAAUUUGUAGUGGGAAAGGUGUCUGCUCUGAUGGAAUCAGUGGAAAUGGGACUUGUUCAUGUCAAGGAAACUUAAUUGGGUCAGUCUGUGAGAAAUGCAAUCAACCGCAGUUCUAUGGAUCAACCUGUCAAAGCACAUGUUCAUGUGUUCAUGGUACCUGUGACAACGGAGUUGCAGGAUCAGGUGCAUGCUUUUGUGCUGAUGGAUAUGGCGGAAAACUAUGUGAUAAAGUUUUAACAACUUGUUCAUCGUUAAAUUGCCACAGUAAUGCAGCAUGCCUGAAUACUACUGGGGUAGUAAAAUGUCAUUGCAAUAAAGGCUACACAGGAGAUGGUUCUACCUGUGUCGAUAUUGAUCUUUGCUCAACUGGAAACUCACUUUGCCAUGCUAAUGCUACUUGCUUACACACAGGACCAGGUCAAGUCAGUUGUGAAUGUAAAGAAGGAUUUUCAGGAGAUGGAACCUGGUGUUCGCCUAUAGAUCCUUGCCAAACAAACAAUGGUGGUUGUCAGAGUAAUAGCACAGUAUGCAAAUAUGAUGGACCAGCAAAAAGUCACUGUGAAUGUCGUUAUGGGUUUUCAGACUACACUCCAGAUUUUGGUUGCUCUCUUGUUGACGUUUGUGGCCGGUAUCCAAAAACAACUUGCGAUCCAAUGGCUUCGUGUGAAACUGUUGUUGUCAGAAAUGAGAUAACAGUCAAAUGUACAUGUCCGAAAGGAUUUAGAGAGAGAUUCAGAGUCUGCUACGGCGAUAUAUUAUCAGAAUUAGAGAAGCUGAAUGAGAGUGGAAAAUAUCAAAACAAACUAAAUAAUGCAAUAGACAAGAUCUCUGAUUAUUUUCAUCUCAUGGACAUGCCAGCUACUAUGACCAUAUUUGUUCCUAUUGAUGACGCUUUUCCUGCUGACAACAUUAGUUCAGCGUACAAUCUAGAAUCGCACAUCGUUGCUGGAGAAUUUCACCUCAAUUUUACCCAAGACAGUGCCAAGACAAUGUAUCCUGUUAUUGGAUAUAACUAUCCAAUCAAAUGUCUUAGACCGGGGGAAGUCCCUGAUAGUGAUGAAGAUGACGAUGAUGCAGGUUAUUUUGCUGAUAUAAACGUUGCGGGAAAAGUUUAUGGAAAGAUUCUUGUUGAUGCAAGGCCAGCUACAAAUGGGCUGUUGUACAUUAUAGAUACUAUACUCAAUCCCCCUGAUGUGAAAUCAUUCAUGACCAACGAUACAGUCUUAAUAACAUUGGAAAAAAUGGACAGCAUGUUUGCUUUCACUAAAUUAAUAAAGAAGAGCUUCUCGUUUCAAAAGAAACUGACAGAAGGAUCUUAUAUGUUAUUUGCACCCACGAACGAGGCUAUGAAUAAAUCUUUUGGACAAGAUGAACUGAGAUAUUUAAUGAGUCAGAAUGGUAGGCCAUCCUUAGACAUGCUACUUCAAAAUCAUAUGUAUGAAUAUCCGUCACAAAUUCAUGUAUUUCAACUAAUUCUACAAGAAAUAAGUGGAGUUGCUGUAAAUGUAUCUGAAGAGGAUGGGAGUAUAACUGUAGGAAAUGAGGGAGCUAAGAUUUUAAAAAGCGACAUAUCAAUGGGAUGUCCAUCAUGCAAUAUGUAUAUAAUAGACAAAGUAUUGAUCCCUGACAUUAUUCAACCAUUAGUGAAAAAUAGAUGCAACAAAACUGAAGUAAAAAAAGUCAGAGGACCGUGCGGAGACUGCACAAAAAUUUUAUGUCCACCAGGAGGUGUUGCAUUGCCAAUAGAAGAAAGUGCUAUACUGACAUGCAUAUACAACGCCGAGUCUCAAACAGAGGAUGGAUCACUUCAGCUCAGUCAUAGAAUUGGUUGCAACAGACUCUGCAAUGUUAAUAAAACAUCAAUCACUUGUUGUCAAGGGUUUUAUGGUGCUGAAUGCAGACCUUGUAGUGGUCCGGUAUUCAAUGCAUGUAACACCAACGGAUUGUGUGCUGAUGGAGAGACAGGCACAGGACGAUGCACAUGCAAUACAAAGUUUACUGGUAGUCAGUGUGACAAAUGCUCAAAUGCAACUAAGUAUGGAAAAACUUGCCAAUCGGACUGUCUUUGUCGCCAUGGAAACUGUAGUAAUGUGAUUGACAGUCAUGGUGAAUGUGUACCUGGUUCAUGUAAAGAAGGAUGGUCAGGAGAAAAUUGCGAUAGAAAAAUAAUAAAGUGCGGAAACGGUUCUUUAACUUGUCAUCAGUUUGCGUCUUGUGUGGUGGGAGAUAAUGGAACAGAAAGCUGCUUCUGUGACCCUGGAUACACAGGUCCGGGAGAUGACUGCAUUGAAUACAAUCCAUGUGAAAGCCUAGAAAACAGUGCGUGUGAUCCAAAUUCAUAUUGUCUUCAUGUUGGAGCUGGAAUGACAGCCUGUGAAUGCUUGCCAAACUAUUCUGGUGAUGGACGAACAUGCUUUCCAGUUGAUCCCUGUGCAGCGAUGGAUCAUGGCGGGUGCUCAGAUUUUGCUCAGUGUAAUUUUGCUGGUCCUGGACAAAGAACAUGUGAAUGUAUAAAAGGUUUUAGAGGGGAUGGUUUUGUUUGCACUGAAAUUAACGUCUGUUUAGAAAAUAAUGGAGGCUGUGAUCAGAGGGCUAAAUGCAUAAAGUCAGGCCCCGGAGUUCGAACCUGCAAAUGUUAUGAUGGGUAUGAAGGUGAUGGACUAACUUGUCUUGGGAAUUUACUUCAAGAAAUUGCUGUGCAUCCUGAUUUGUCUAAUUUACAAAGAUUUAUAACACAGUGGACAUCUAUAAGGCGACUAUUUAUGAAUCUGAAUUCUGAUUCGACAUGCUUCUUACCAAGUAACUCAGCCUGGCUUUCACUCUCUGAUGAUGAAAAAGCUUUUUGGAUAACCGAACAGCAUUUACCGUUUCUUCUCAAGAACCAUAUUAUCAAACGGGAACUUCAAACAAAUUCCUUGACCGAUUUAAUUGGACAAAGUUUGCCAACUUUACUUGAUAGCGUCAGAAUGAGCAUCAAUAAAGUGACAGUCGGAUCUGUAGACACCAAUGUUGGAGCUAAUGUCACAGAAGAAUCAAACUUACCAACCAUUGGCAAAAGUUAUGCAAAACUUCUGGUUUCAAAUAUUCCUGUUUCGAAUAAAAGACUCAUCCACAUCAUAGACAGUGUGUUACUCCCUCCCAGAGACGUUGUACAAGACUACCUUACUUUAAGCGCAAUAUCAUCAAAUACAACUGGCACUCACCUUGAACAAUAUACCAAAUUCCUUGGACUUCUAGUAUCUACUGGCAUAAUUGAUCAGAUUGAGGAAACUCUUUCUCAUUAUACUGUGUUUGUAGCACCAGAUUCAUCAACCAAUUUUCCUCUCAAAAAUGCGACUCCAUCAAAUGUUGCUGAUAUUAUUCGCUAUCAUGUGAUACCAAGUAAAUUGAUCAGAAUCAAUGACAUUAAUAGUGGGGAACAUGAAAAUUCUUUACUUGGAUCUGGUUAUAAGAUAACCUUAGUAAAAAGACAUGGCGUUAUAUUAGUCAAUGGACAAAGUGUCUCUGUUACGGGAAUCAGAACAUCAACAGGUAUAAUUCAUGGAUUGUCAAGAAAGCUUUUGACAGCAGUGAAGACAAGAUGUGAUGGAUCAUCAUUUCAUAACACUCAAACAAUUUGUCUUCCUUGUUCAUAUCCAAAUCGAUGUCCAGUUAAUGCUAUGUUAAUUUCAACGAGCCACUGUAUGUACCAUCACAAAACUGGAAGCGGUGCCAUCAAAGGCAGUGUGGGUUGCCAGAUGAAUUGUGUUGAACCAAUUCGCAUUCCGAAAUGUUGUGAUGGUUUCUUUGGAGACGGUUGUGAUCCUUGCCCAGGAGGAAUUGGCAACAUAUGUUUUGGAAGAGGAAAAUGCUGGGAUUCAAUGAAAGGAAAUGGAAGUUGCACAUGCAGUGAUUCAAAACAUUCUGGUCUGGCAUGUGAGACUUGUGCUGGAGGAAGAUUUGGCAGAAAUUGUGAUCAAGAAUGCAAAUGUGUUAAUGGAAUAUGUAACGAUGGUAUUAACGGCGAUGGGUCUUGCACAUGCGAACUUGAUUUCCGUGGUCAAUUUUGUGACCAAGAGGCAAACAAAAACAAUACUUGCAACAACACUUGUCAUAGUGCUGCAAACUGUGUUCCUUUACUGGUUGGAUCUGGCACAAAAUGUGAAUGCAUUGCUGGUUAUGAAGGGGAUGGUACUAAUUGUAAUGUGAUUAAUCCCUGCAAAGAUCCAAAAAUCGAAACUGGAUGUCACCAAAGUGCUUUCUGUCAACUUGUUAAGCCUGGUAUACAUCAGUGCAUCUGCAAAGAAAACUAUGAAGGUGAUGGAACUUACUGUAGACCAGUCAAUCCCUGCUUGUAUGGAUUUGCUUUAACAUGCGAUGAUAACGCAAUUUGCCUUCAAAUUGGAGCAAAUAUGUCAAACUGUGUUUGCAAUGAAGGUUAUGAAGGAGAUGGAAAAUCUUGUAGUCCAUUGGAUUUGUGCAAGAAAGACAACGGAGGCUGUAGUGAAAAUGCAGUUUGUAAAACUACAGGACCUGGAAUCAGAUCUUGUACAUGUAAGAUUGAUUAUGUGGGAAACGGCAUAAAUUGUACUGGCACAAUAUUCUCAUACAUAUCUGGACGACCAGAGUUUGAGUGGUUCACACUCAUGGAUAGUUUUGCUUCCUUAGUUCCUCAUACACUAAACAGUGAUGGGCCACUUAAUGUGUUUCUUCCAACACAAGACGACAUGAUGCGACUCCCUUCUAAUUGGUUGAGUUAUGAAGAAAGUGCGACUCAAAUUUACUUGAACCAUAUCACGGGAUGUGUCAUCAAUCUGACUGAAGUUACACAACUUCGAACUUUUGCCGGAGAUAUUUUGGAUAUUUCUCAAACAGAUUCUGGGUUGAUGAUUAAUGGGAACAUCAGUGUUCUUGGUGAUCCAAUAAAAUUUUGGAAUGGAAAUUUGUAUAAAAUCUCUUCUCCGUUGGUUCCAAAAUCGGUUUCAAGAGUAACGAAUACAAAUGAUACACUGCGUAAAAUGCCACAAUUUUUACAACCUUAUAUUCAAAACACAUCUGAUACAGAAAAUCCAUUAUAUAAGAAUACAAAGCUCUUAUUGGAUAGUGGAUUCAAAUGGGUGGCAACUCUCCUGCAAACAUCUGGUGAUCUUCCACUGUUGCAAAAUCCAAUCCACAAUCCACUAACUUUAUUUUUACCAACGAAUGAUGCGUUUGAAAACAUGCCUGCUCAACGAUUAAGAUCGUUCAUCAGUGAUCAAACAUAUGCCAGGGAAUAUAUUAGAUAUCAUAUAGUCAGAGAAAGUUUUCACACACCGACUGAUGUGAAUUUGAAAGAAAAACUGAAGACAAUGCAAGGCUCAGAUUUACGACUCAGCUGUGGCACAGGUAACAGUCCAUCUGGUAGUAUUGUUAUAAAUGAAGGGGCAGCCACUGUUAUUGGAUUUGAUGUUUUCUUUAUAAAAACUUCUGAUGGUCAAGAAACGAAAGCUGCUGUUUAUAUUAUUGAUAAAGUGUUGGACCCCCCAUCAAUCGGCGGUCGAUGUGAUGUUGUAGAAAAUGUUACAAUUACUACAGACUGUAAGCUUUGCAUCAGCAGCAGAGAAGCACUUUGUCCAGAAGGGACACAGCUAAUUGAAAAGACAGAAUGUAGAGUUCCAGUGUUUUCAACAAGUAAAGUAACAGUCACCGGCUGUCAUUUGUCUUGCGCUUCUUAUAAUGUGACAUACAAUUGCUGUGUAAAUCACUAUGGAACAAAUUGUCAUGCCUGCCCAGGAGGGGCUCUGAAUCCUUGUAGUGGCAAUGGAGAGUGUGAUGAUGGUCAAACUGGAGAUGGAACUUGCACUUGUAAAGAAGGAUUCAUUGGUUACGCUUGUGAAAACUGCCACACAGGAAGAUAUGGAAUAAAUUGUCUACCUUGCCAAUGCACAGUUCAUGGUUCAUGUGCUGAAGGUAUCAACGGGGAUGGAACAUGUUUCUGUGACAGCAACUGGACCGGACCUAAAUGUGAUCAGAAAAGGACAGAUGACACAAUCUGUAAUCCACCCUGUCAUACAAAUGGAUAUUGUGUAAAAUCUGGCACCUGCCUUUGCAAACCUGGCUACAGGGGGGAUGGUACGGAUUCUUGUGUGUUUAUGGACAUGUGUAGCAGUGAUAACGGUGGUUGUUCUCCUUAUGCUAUUUGUUCAAUUGUUAGAGAUAAAGUUGUCUGCAAGUGUUUACCUAAUUUUAUUGGUGACGGUUAUGUAUGUGAGGGUUAUGAUCCAUGCCAGACAUCAACAGGAGGAUGCCACCCACAAGCUCGAUGCAUGUAUGUAAGUGCAAAUGUAUCGAGAUGUCAAUGCAAUACUGGAUACCAAGGUGAUGGGAUCCGAACAUGUUCUCGCAAAGUAGCAAAAAUUUGUGCGUCUAAUAAUGGAGAUUGCUCUCCACAUGCUACUUGUCUUGAUUUGCCAUCUACAUCACCAACAGAACCUUCUUCUACAAAAUGUUCAUGUAAAACUGGAUAUGUUGGUGAUGGUUUUGUCUGUCAUGGCACAGUUCUUGAUGUUAUCAGUGAAUCGGUUGAUAUGAGAGAGUUUUAUCGGCAAUUGCGAAGAAUUCCACCAAGAGUGCGUAGAAAACUGGACAGCACUACAUCAAAUUUGACUAUGUUUGUGCCUGCAGAUAUGGAAGGAAGAAGAAGGUUCAGACCGCUUCCUAACUUUGCGCUAACAAGACAUUAUGUUCAAGGAACUCAGUAUUACUAUAAAGAUCUUCAAAAUAUGAAUACAAUAAUCAUGGAAUCAGGUGACAUCUUGCCGAUUGUAAAAAACGCUGAGAAUCACAUUUUCAUCAAUGGUGUACGUGUAAAGAGGUAUGACAUACUCGCAACAAAUGGAGUUGUACAUCUAGUGGAUUCUUUCAUAACGAAGAAGAUUAUCACGAUGACUACAAAACCAGCAAUAGUUACUCAAACUCCGAAAUCUACCACUUCAACAAAGAAACCCAGCAGUCAAGGGCCACCGAAAUCUACUACAAACAAACUUCCACCACCAGGUGUAAUCACUGUUAAACCAGGGGAACCAAUUGAUGGUUGGACCCCAAAACCUUCGUUGAUUUAUCCGGAAACAACAUCAGGAAUCAAUGCUUCUGUUGCAAAUAAUUUCCAGACUAAAAUAUCUACAGCGCUCACUCCAACAAGCAAAGUUUCUGUUACUAAGGGAGGGUAUAAAAGAAGCCAGGCAAUAAAAGUUGGUGUUUCAGUUUUCAUUAUAUUCCUAAUCAUGGUCGGUGUUGGAGUAAUUUAUUGGUGGAAAAAUCGACAUACAUUUGUGUUCAGACCUGAACGGCAACGCUUGACAUCAACAUCAGACCCAAAUGAUGAAGACACAUUUGGUGGCGGAUUAACUAAUCCCGCGUAUGACUCCACUGGUUUUAAUGCAAUGAAUGAUGAUGAAGAUGUCAUAUUACGAACAGCUGAUGAUGAAAUGGCGUUGGCGUUAAAUAAGAAUGAAGCGUCAAUGGCUUUCGAAAACCCUGUAUCGAGUUGAGACUGAAUUAUUUGUAAACUUCAGUUUAAGAGCGAAGACAAUCAACCGAAUUUAUCUGUGAAUUUGAUAAGUUUUCAGAUAUAUUGCUUGAUCAAUGGACUGAUAUCAAGAUAUGCAUCCUCGCCUUGUCUUAUGAAUUAAUCAUACCUCUAGUCUUCAUGAAUUACCUGAUUCUGAGACAUUUCUUCUUUAUGUUGAUAAUGAGAUAAAACUAACCAGCAAAUCAUCCACCAACUACUAUGUUUUGGUGAACAGUGAGGGCAGUUGAAUAAGAGUUUUUACAAAGUGAUUGGUUUAAGCCAAUUGUUCUCAAACUUUUCAAGUCGCGCACCCUUUUUAGAAUUUGUUGAGUCUCGCGCCAAAAAUUGUCUGUGCCUCUCUUGUGGGGUGCACCGUUUGAGAAUCACUGGUUUAAGCUGUGUCACACUUUUUUUGAUAAGCAAAAGUAUCAAUUAUUGAAUGAUGACAAUUUCGAUUGGUGUUGAUUAAAACCUCAAAACAACUAAAACCAAAACCAAACAAAAGAUGGUUAUAACAGUGUGUAACAAGACUUUUCAAUGAAUUUCAGUUAUAUGUUUUCAUGAUUCAUUUCAAAUUUCUUCUUUAAUCAUAAGUGCAAUUCAUUGUUUCUGUAAGCAAUAUUAUACUCAGUGCAUUUUAUAUUGUUUAGUAUUCAUUUUAAAUUUAUAAUGCUUUUAAAUCACUGCUAAUUCUUACCGUAUUCAUUUCAAUUUUUGUGAUGUUUUAGAUCACUGCUUCAUAUUUUUCUUUCAAGUUUUCAACAAUUUAUACAAAUAAAUCCUAGUUGGAAAUAUCUAAAUAUCAAUGUAUUGUUGAACAAGGUAUAUACUAGGGCUAUACUCUUCCUCUAACUGCACGAUGUUAUCAAUGAUUACAAUAAAAUUAAAUGUAGUAUGGCUCCCUACACCAUCAAGUCCAUGCACCUUAUCAAAUAACUGGCUAACCAAUCCCAUAUCCGACACGGAUUGAUAACCUGGCGAGAGGCCCUGGUUGGCCCUAUGAUUCGCCCCGGGAUCAAAGAGAGAAUCAUGUUUUAUUUCGAUCUUACACAGCAUACGUAUAUUACACAGCAUGAAUAACAAACAACAUCGAGGUGAAGGGAUAUCUAGAAAAUAAGACAAAACUUACAGAAAGGUUUAAAACGAGUACUGCAGCCAGUGCCCAUUUAUCCGCACUCACACAAGUGAAAAAAAAAGUCACAACAAUCUUAAUACCCAAGUUGUGGAUAUUUUCAUAUUAUUUUUGCUUCCCAUGUUUUUCAAUUGUAUGUAUCCUCACUCUUAUAUAUUUUUAUUGUAUUUGUGUCCGUGAUCAAGUUGUUUUGUUGUGUGAAGCAGUGCAAUCAUAAUAUCAAAUUCUUCAAUAAACUUGUUCGAAUAAAAUUAACUUUCUCGGAAUGA